AUGUCUCAGUCAAUUUUGGAAGAAGGAAACAAAUUCCUUUUAGCAGAAAACUACAAAGCCGCAUUGUCCAGCUACAAUGUAGUGCUUUCAUCAAAACCAGACGCUGAAACCCAGAUUCAGUCCCUCCAGAAAAGAUCCCAGUGUUAUCUUGCCCUUGGAGACAUCGACCAUGCUAUUGAGGAUGCGUUAGAAGUGAUCAAAUCUAAUCCCGAUAUCACGGACGGUUACACGCUUCAUGGUAAGGCGUUAACGAAAGCAAACCGUUUUGAAGAUGCGCUUAUGGCCUUCCGUAAAGGCUUAGAGAUAGAUCCUAACGACAAGGUCAUUACAGAGAAUCUGCGGGAGAUGCAGAAGGCCAUCGUUAGUUCGUACGAGAAAAAAGAGAAAGGUAAAGAUAUGAGUUACAACGCUGUUAAUCUGUGUUCACAAGAGCCUUAUCCUGGGGAUGACGAACUGGCCGAGUACGAGCGUGAAAUAAUUGAAUUGAAAGGUUACAAUAAAUUACCGAGCGUCUAUUGUGGCAUGCCCGACCCAGAGUUGGCGCUUAAGUACCUUCAGUUGGCGAGGAAAGAAAACAAAGCAGGAAACUUAACUACGGCACUUAAAUCCUACGAAAUCUCGCUUGAAAAGGAUCCCUUAAAUUUUGACACGUGGACAGAGAAAGCAGCGAUAUUACAGAAGCUGGAAAGACAUGGAGAUGCUUUUCAAUGUGUUUCAGCCGUCCCAGCAGAAUGCCGAAGCGCCGAUAUUUGGAAACUUGGAGGUUCCAUCUUGUCUGAUCUUGAUCUUCCGGUGACAUCAGAAACUUGGUUACGUCGGGCGACUCAACUUAGCCAGCGUAAAGAUAUAGAGGCGGCUACUCUAUUCCAGAAAGUUCGCGUGCAUCGCUUGUAUGACCCUUUGACCAAGGGAACCAAAGUGCGCAUCGAUUUUACCGAAUAUGGACGCGCAGUCGUCGCUAAAGAAGAUGUUAAAGCCGGUGAUAUUAUAUUCACUGAUCAGCCGACUGUGUUUGCCCAGUUGUUACAGAAUAUGAAUGUCUUGGCUUGUCCAAACUGCGCCAAAUCUCUCAUGUCACCACAAGACUACUUUGGAGCUCCUGUUAUAAAAAAGAACAAAAAUUUGAAAGCUGCGGUCGACAAAUACUGGCCCCGGUUGAGUCGGGUUCCUUGUACUGGUUGCAAUGAAGAGACUUACUGUUCGGAGCAAUGUCGUGAAGAGGCAUGGAAUAACUACCAUGAACCAUUAUGCCCAUCCAUCAACAGCAAAGUCCACUUAUUGUACGACUUGUGCAAAAAGAUUCGAGAAACCUCAAACAGCGACCAGUCUCUCUGGUGUGGCAGCUUCAGUCCGGUUAUGAUGGCGCGUAUAUGGGCGUCGAUUGCUUGUCAUGCAAAACGAUUGGCUAAAGAAAGUGGUCAUACUGUACCCACACAAGCACAAUGGGCAUUAGCGAAAACACCCUACAGACGAUUCAUAGCUUAUGGUGUGCCGGGUAUGGGCAAGUCAUACGCUGGUAUCUAUCAAGUGAUGCGUGAUAUCUUCAACGCGGCCCCUGAAGGAAUGAGCUGUGACAUAUCUUUAAGAGAUUUUGAGGGUCGCUAUUUCCAGUUAGCCUGUAAUGUCCAGUGCUUCUCGGAUGGUUGCAACCCACUGCAUUGUUUCCUGAAAUCCAUCGCUGACAAACAGCAGUAUGCUCACCUUUCGAACCUGGUCGACCCGGACAACGUACCUGAAGCUAACUUUGCCGGUGUCUUUCCUGUCCAGGCUUGUUUCAACCACAGCUGUGCUAAUACGGCUGAAGUCAUGGAUGGCGUGUGUAACGGUCGACCAGGUAUUCAAGUUCGUGCCCGUAUGGACGUGAAGGCCGGUAACGAAAUUUUCACUACUUAUAUCGACACGUCAAUUUUGAAGCGAGAGAGAAGGGCGUUGCUGUUCCGGGGUUAUAACUUCUGGUGCAAUUGUUUGCGUUGUCAAUACGAAGGAGAAGGCCCCGAGAUAUGUGCCAACUGUGAGACGAAAGCUCCUGAAGGGAAGCAUGCCAAAAGAUCUCCUGGAAAGCCGGACACAAGAUUAUUUGCACAAAAUUCGAUAUCGGCAUCAAAUCAAGGCCUACCGUGUGAUGUUUGGCUGUAUCGAUUGGGAUCUUUCCCAGAUUUUUCUGAAAUUCCCUUCUUCGAACCUUCCGGUCAAAAAGAACUCCAUUCUUUUUCCUUUUCUUUCUUUCUUUUUCUUUCUUUCUCUUUCCGUCUCUCUCUCUUUUUCUCUCUCUCUUUUUCUCUCGCUCAUUUUCCCUGCUUCUAA